UCUGUCCGCCAGGCCUCCUCUGCCCACCACGAGUUCCAUUCGUCUGAGACCAAGGACGAUGGCUAAUUCCAUCCUGCCGCUUAGCUCCGGGAGCUCAAGGCAGGAUGGUCAUAGCUUUGCAUUUCAAAAAAGUGGAGGCGGGUUGCCCACCAUGCUUAGACGUUUAACAAAGUUCAGAACAAUGGACUUUGAACUUGCCUUCUGGCAACUGACAUAUCUUGUCGUGGCCCCGAGAAGGGUAUACAAGCAGACAUAUCACCACAAACAGACGAAAAACGUAUGGGCCCGGGACGAUCCCGCAAUGAUCGUCUUGAUAUCAUCUUCUCUAGUAGUCGCCGGACUAGCAUGGUCUCUGGUGUACCGUGAAUCUAUGGCGGGUACCAUUUACACCAUCCUCAGGAUGAUUAUGCGCGACUUCAUUCUCGCCUCAGUCAUCAUCGCUUCGCUCCUCCACUUUCUCGCCAACCGCCUACUCGUAUCCUCUGCCUCCUCGCCCGCCAUCGACAACAGAGUCGAAUGGGCAUAUGCAUUCGACGUGGCUGUCAACUCGUUCUUUCCCCUCUUCCUCACGCUGUACGGCGCACUCCUGCCUCUCGCACCUGUCGUCGUGAAGAGCAACUUUGUCUGCCUGUUCAUUGGCAACACGCUCUUUCUCGUUGCUGGAAUACAAUACACCUACGUCACCUACUUGGGCUACGCCGCGUUACCGUUCGUGGCUCGGAGUGAACUGUUCUUAGCACCUCUACUACCGAUCUUUGGAGGAUAUCUAUUGAGUCUGCUAGGGGUCAAUAUCGCUAGAUUAACUCUGGAGCUAUACUUUGGUAAACCAUGGGUAUAGGCAGUGCAUAGAUUGUGACUCGAGCGAGAGCGGUUGCCGAUGGAGCGGCGUGAGCGAGCUGACGAUCAGGUGUGGCUUGGGAUGUCAUUUGACAUCUUGACACGUCUAAAGCCAAAAUAUCACCUCGAGUUGCAGGAUUCUGAGUGGACGACAGAUGAUCCAGCAUCUUUCAUCCGAGUAGCCUUCGCUGCCGGAAACACAAAUGCGCGAUCAGAUUGACGACGUCAGUGAUGAACCAUUUCUCGCCCCAUCUUUUACCCUGAGCCAUGGUAAUUGAUGGAUGGGAUCAGUGUCCCCCAGCAAAUCUCGAGCGUGUGCCUCGGGGGAGCCAGGCUACACACAGCUCCCUCCUGCUCCUGCUCGCUACGCCAGGACCCAUACUGCUUACCCCUAUCGAUGUUCUCUAUACCUUGCUCCCUCCCCAUAUUCGACCCAUGUAUGCCCAAUGCAAGAAGAUGCGCCACACUGCCACCUCAUCAUUUUCAUUAGCGUUUUUCUU